CUGCUGGGGCCGGAACCACCACACCUUGCUCUGUCGACAGCUUGUGUUUGCCCGCCAGGAUACGUGCAAAUAUUUGGCACCGCCAGUUCAGCACCCGCUAGUACAGUACGCGCGAGUACAGUACCCGCGAGUACAGCAGCUGCUACAACCUUGGCCCUCGUUGACGAGUGCACCUUGGGCACCCAUAACUGCCACGCCGAUGCUACAUGUGUGGACAGCAACCCCCACGUUGGUUUCACCUGUACCUGCAAUGACGGAUACCAGGGAAACGGCACAUACUGUGAAGAUAAGGACGAAUGUGCGCUUAGCCCAGCUGUCUGUGGAAGUCACACUACAUGUGCGAACCUAGUUGGUUCGUUCCGGUGUGAUUGUUUGAGCGGGUUUGAGCCUCAAAAUGAGACAUCUUGCACUGACAUCAAUGAAUGUACACUUGGGGUCAGCGGAUGUUCAGACAUCUGUAACAACACAGACGGAUCCUUCGUGUGCGACUGCCCGGCCUUUUUCAAACUGGACGUGGCAGACAACAAAACUUGCGUCGCCGCCCGUUCCUGUGACACCUCCAACCCCUGCUCUCCCUCGGACGUCUCAACAUGUGCAGUGACGGACUCCGGCUAUACCUGUGGCUGUAACUCAGGUUACAAACUGGCGGAAGGAAGUGAAACACUUUGUGUCAAUGCCAACGAAUGCGCUACCGGAGAGAACAAUUGCGACCCAACCCUCGGCAUGUGUACCGACAAUGCAGGCAGCUUCUCUUGUUCCUGUAAGGCCGGGUACACAGGGGCAGGGACCAUCGGUGCCUGUACAGAUGUGGACGAGUGUACUGCCGGUACAGCAGUGUGUGACACAAACGCUGACUGCGUCAACACCGUGGGUGCGUACACAUGUAGCUGUAAAACUGGGUACAAGAGCAUCGCUACCAACGGGACAGGAUUCCCCGGAGAGUGCAAAGAGGAUCGUUUGAUGCCUUUCGGAGCUAAUGCCGGUGACAUGAGUGUGACCGGAAGCGUCUCAAGUGAUAAAACCUCCAGUCUCAUCAACGUUCCCGACGGACUGCCUCUGUUCGGCGGACGGCUGUGCGAUACACUUUACGUUCUGGAGAACGGUCUUGUCGUCGCCACUACCCUGAAAGAGACCCAGGACUCCGUGGCCAAAACCAUUUAUCGCCACCCCACUACUGACGCGGCUGCGUUCGGCGAUCCCGUGUGCGCCGUGUUCGCCCCAUUCUGGGCUGACGCUGUCCUUGGUGGAUCAUAUCCUUCAAAGGUGUGGUAUCAUGCUUACCAGAGGAACUCUGGAAGUGACAACAUAAUCCUUGACUUAGUCAGCGAGGCGGUCAACGACAAUGGCAUGAGCGGCUUCAACGCGACUUUUCUCCUACUGGUGACGUAUGAAACCAUGGCGAUGGCGGGUGAGACAGCACGAGAAGACAUGGGGACAAACACGUUCCAGGGUGGCAUAGCAACCGAUGGAAUCCAUACCAUAGCUGGUGCCAUUUAUGAAGACGGCGGCAUGAACUGGGACCCACAGAUCACCGACAGUAAUCUGGUCGAUGGGAAGUGGCCCGCGUUCGUUGGUAUCGUCGUCGAAAGUGCAAACGGCUCGCUCAUCGUGGUAGAGAACGAAAAUUCAAGGAUGAAGACAAAGCAGGAAAACGGCGUGAAAGAUUGCAGCGGCACGAACGUAUACUGCAUGGACAGCAGGGCGGUGAGCGGUGUGUGGACCCAGGCGGACGACAACGCCGACAACUGGGUCAACCCGAGGAAGUGGUGUGCCGAUUGGUACAAUGCUGAACCGGCCGUCAGCACGUUUGCCAGUGCCGUACCCUGCCCACUGACCAAGGCCCAUGCUGACCUCGACACGAGGUUUAAAGCGGCAAGUGACGUCUCCACUGGAGGAAGAGCCUGCUAUGAACAGAACGAUGGUUCUUCUUUCACGAACGGUGGAAACAGCCUUUGCUGCUAUGGAGAAUCUGAUGGUGCCUUCAAGCUGAACAACAAAGAGAUGUCCGGCAACGUUCAUCGAUAUGCCCGGGACUCCCAGAACUACCAGGACUAUGAUGUAAAGCCCAGACAGUACUGCUGCCAGGACACCUCCAGCUCCUACUGCAGUAUGUACUUUGAGAAGAGACCAAUGAUGUCAAGUGACGGAUACGAGGCUCCUCAGCAGAGUGCUGGAGCAGGUGAUCCUCAUAUCACUACCCUGGACGGCUUCUCCUACUCGUUCAACGGCUACGAUGAGUAUCUCAUGGCAACCAACACUAGUGAUGCCCCACGAGUCUUCCAGAUGCAGGGUAGGACCAAACUGGCGGACGUCGAGCCUGGCAAGGUACCCCUGGCGACAGUAUUCAGUGGUCUAGCCGUGAAGCAGCCCACCAACGACGUUCAGAUCUAUCUGAACGGUACCGGAACUAGUGUGGACAUCUAUGUAGACAGUACAGCCUACACACAUGCUGGCAUUGAUGAUGGAAGCAACGCUGCCUUUUCUGACGGACGAUUCCAACUUGUUAAAGAUGCCGGCACGUCUGCUGUGACUGGCGUUAAGGCCAUUUUCACGUCUGGAAUCUCGGUGGAAGUGAAGGCAGGACUCGGCAUGCUCACCUACGCAGUCUCCAUGACCCCUGACAUGAAGAGCAAGCUGAAGGGCCUUCUGGGUAACUUUAAUGGCAACAAUGCGGAUGAAUUUGCCUGGCCUAACGGCACAGCGGUUUCCUUCUCCAACGCAUCCAACCCAUCUGAAGAGGAACUGUUCGAAUGGGGCCAGUCAUGGGCCCUGCGCACUACGGGUGACACUUCCCUCUUCUCCGUGUAUCCCGACGGCAAAAAUGCCGCAACAUAUGGAAACAGUACCUUCACUCCACUGUUCUUCAACCUGGACACCAUGUUCCCCAACGAGACUGACAAGGCCCGUGCCAUAGAGGUUUGUGGCGGUGCUGAUAAGAAAGAGUGCCUGUUUGACAUCGCGCUGACAGGAAACGAGGAGGUCGGUGCCGCAGCAGCAGCAGCCCUGGACGCUGUAGCCAACAGCAACGCCGCUCUCUCGAACACGCCACCAGUCUUCAAUGUGACGUCAGAGAUCCGUGCUACCGUUGGACAGGAGUACGGCCUGCAGCUGGAGGCUACAGAUGACGGUGCGGUCACCAUCAGCGUCGCACAGGGACCGGGAAGCCUCAACGGCAGUAACUACUACACAUGGACGCCGUCCGACACGUCGAACUACACCAUCCAGUUCCUCGCCACGGAUGACGUCGGUGCCUCCACAUCCCAGACCCCGGAUAUCACGGUGUGUGCGUGCCAGAACGGCGGCACAUGCAACUUUGAUACCACCCUGACGGCACGUAGCUCUGGGUUUGCCAUUGCCACGUGCAACUGUCAGCUGGGCUUCGUCGGUGACUACUGUGAGACGGACUACAAUGGCUGCUCUGUCACACCUUGCUAUCCAGGUGUAAAUUGUACCGAUGCUGUGGCGCCUCUGUCUCCCGGUGCCAAGGAGUACACCUGCGGCAGCUGCCCAGCUGGUAUGGUGGGUGACGGCGAGUCCUGUGUCGAUCUGAACGAGUGCACCUUAGCUUCCAAUGACGCCAACGUGCACCAGUGUAAGAACGCCACCUGCUUCAACGAGGCUCCUGGUUAUCGCUGCGAGUGUCUGUCUGGGUACAGCAUGAUGGCUGACAACAGGACAUGUGUCGAUAUUGACGAGUGUUCUACGGGUGCCGACAACUGCCAUGCUGAAGCCACCUGUACGAACACGGAGGGUUCUUUCACCUGUGCCUGUAAUACUGGAUAUAGCGGAGAUGGGACAACAUGCUCAGAUAUUGACGAGUGCCAGACAAACAACGGAGGAUGUGAUCGUAUCUGCUCCAACUCGGCAGGAAGCUACGCGUGCUCCUGUGACGUUGGUUUCAGACUGCAGGACGACAAACGCUCAUGCCAAGAUAUUGACGAAUGUGCAGGCCCCAACCAUGGCUGCAAACAGUUUUGUACCAACACCGCUGGUGGGUUUGCCUGCGCGUGCAAGGCGUACUACGCCCUGGCUUCAGACGGAAAGAGCUGUGAACCGGCUGUCUCCUGCAGUAACGAUACCAGCUGCACGCAGUUGUGUGCCGUCAUCAACGCUACAGAAGUCUGUGACUGCAACGCCGGGUACAACCUCGAUUCGGAUGGAAUCACUUGCAAUGACUUUGAUGAGUGUGCCAACGCUGCCAACAACUCGUGUGACCCCACUAACGGACAGUGCACCAACCUGCCCGGCACCUUCAACUGCAGCUGCAGCACCGGAUAUCAAAUCGAAGCUGGUGGAGGCACACUCUGUGACGAUAUCGACGAGUGCCAGACAAACAACGGAGGAUGUGCGCAGGUGUGCACCAACCAGGGCGGCUCCUUUGUCUGCAGCUGUAACGCUGGCUACCAGCUGAACUCUGAUGGAAGGGCAUGUGACGAUGUCGAUGAAUGUGCCUUGGGUACCGACACUUGCUCACACACCUGUGUCAACACUGGCGGCUCCUACAACUGUUCCUGUCCCGAGGGACUCAAACUGGACCUCACCAUGAAGAACUGCAUCCCGGAGAGUCAGUGUCUUGUCAAGAACUGUACUCCAAGUGGCAUUGCAUCCUGUGCUGUCAUCAACAGUGUUGAGACCUGUCUCUGUGCUGACGGGUACGAGGCCAACGAUACAAUGUGUGUUGAUGUGAAUGAAUGUUCGACGAUGUGCAAAGGUACCAACAUGCAGUGCAACAACACAGUGGGUUCAUACAUGUGCAGCUGUGUUGCCGGAUUCGUCCAGAAGACUGUGAACGGCAGCAUGACUUGUGAAGAAACGAAGGCGUUCUCGGGCUCUAUCAGGAUCACCAGCGUUUCCUUCACAUCUGACCUGGCCGACACGUCAUCGUCUGCGUUCAAGACUCUGGCCGCCAGCGUGGAGUCUUCUCUGGACACAAUGUACUCGUCUCAGCUUGGCGCAGCCUUCCAGAGCACGACGGUCACUGGUUUCACCAACGGCAGCGUGGUCACAGCCUACACUGUCAACCUGGUGUCCAACAGCACGGUCAACUCCACCUCCCUGGCAUCAGCCCUGCAGGCCGCUGUGCAGGCUGGAGGAGCCGGGGGAUUCAGCUUUGAUGCCAGUAGCAUCACUGUUGCCGAUAUCGAUGAGUGUGCCGGCGAGAACAGUUGCCAUGCCCAGGCCACCUGCGCUAACACGGAAGGGUCCUACACAUGCACAUGCAACAAUGGGUACACGGACAACUCGGCAUCUGGCGCAAAAUCAGGCUCUACUUGUGAAGAAACCACUUCUGUAGCAAGGUUUAUCCGAGCUACGUCAACGGAAGAAGCCUCCAGUAGCCAGACACUGGCCAUCGCGCUGGGAGUGACGUUUGGCAUCCUCGGCGUCGCCAUCAUCAUGGCCAUCCUCGUGAUGGUAGCCCUGAAGAGCAAGAAGGGUUCAGCAACAAUCAGCCCAGAAGAGUAACCGGGGAACAAGGCAGACGUCUCCAAUACUGAAGGGAUGCAGGUCUUCUCAAGAUACAUUGUUUUCGGAAUUAAGAUUAUUUUUUUGAAAAAUGCUAUGAAAAUUCUGUGAUCUAAAAAUGUAUAUUAGCAAAGAGAGGUAUUUCUGAUAACAGAUGAUAUUUACUAUGUAUACGAAAUAGAAGACUACAGUCAGUUGGAUGUUUACGGUUAGCUUCUGUAAUCAUCGCCUAGAGGGACUACCUUAGUGUGGACGUCUUUAUACAGAACCUGCUAUCCGCAAGCAGUUGUCAAGCAACUAGGACUCAGUGCCAGCUUCUUUUCCCACAUGUUUUGGAGGAAAGAUCCCACUAUUAGGUAGAUAACCUGAUUUGUACCGAACGAGUGGAUUCUGUGAAUCUUAUUUGAUGAUGAAGCCACUACUACUAGGUACAAACCAUGGGCCGAAAAUGGGAUCCAAUGAAUCCGAAACAUCUAUUAAACCGCAAACAAUGCAAAUGUUAUCAAGACCUUUAAUAAUUAUUGCAAGCCUUCCUUUUCAUGGGAAGUAUGUUACGGAGGACUUUGGUACUGACGAUCGUUGCUAUCUUGGAAGAUUCAACUGUUUAAGGGUUUGCAAAGGUUUAUGGAAUUGAUCCGCACUGUAUCACAGGGAUAUUGUUCUGAUGACAAGGCGGUGAUUAGAAAAGUAAUUUGUCCUUGACAUCCUGCGGAUAUUGACGAACAAAAUGUCUUCUUACGUGCCAUAAUAUACAUACCGUGAUGUCUUCGUGCCACUGUUGUAACUUGAGUCCGUCCCGUUAGAAUCAAAACUCACCAAAUGUAGCACAAACUACUCAGAGAGGAAAUAAGUCAAAGUCAUGGAAGCGCAUGGUUAACUUCCCGCUUUCUUAAACGUCAUAGAAAUAAUCAGUGUGAGUUACUACUAGUGUAUGAAAUAUCUGUCCAUAUGUGCAUUUAAGUACUCUAGGAAAGCUCAAUAUAUCAUUGUUUAUAUUAUAGUUUGUAAAUAUGGAUGCUGAUUGUGUGAUUCCUUCAGGAUGAUACAGUGUGAAGCUAUUGUUUUUUAUAAUGAGCCAUUGAAAAUUAUUCAAUGUGUGUGAUUUAAUUGUAUCUACCGCCAGUUCAUAUUUUUCCGAAUGGCGCAAGAGAUACUAUGAUGUGUUUGUCAUAGAUAGCAACGUUUGCACCUUCUUGUACAGAGCUUUAAUGGCAUGUUGCUGCGUAAGAUAUAACUAAGCACAGUGCAAUGUUGAGUUUUGAAUAUGGACAUGUGAUAUGCUGCCUGUUCAGGGAGAUGUGUGGUAUAUCGAAUCAAGGAAAAGAUUUGGGUGUACAAAAUUCAAGGUGAUACUUUUUCUAAUAAAGCCUCAAAAGAAA